AUGCCCUCGAUCGCAAACAUCCAUAAGCGCCAUGCUUAUGGCAAGGAUGCUCAUACCUACUACCCUGUGCUCAUUGUUGGUGCUGGAGAGUCAGGCGUGGCUAUGGGAUGUCGUUUGAAAGAGGUCCUUGGAACGGAUCAGUUCCGUAUCUUCGAGCGCCAGUCAGGCAUCGGAGGUACCUGGUGGAUCAACCGGUAUCCUGGCGCCGCUUGCGACAUCCCGGCUAUAUUUUACUCUUUUUCUUUUGCGCCGAAAAGAAAUUGGUCGACACUCCACCCUUCUGGUCCUGAAAUCGCACAGUAUCUCGCAGAUGUCUGCGAGAAGUAUCAGAUUGUCGAUAAAAUCCAGUUCAACACCGAUGUGAAACAACUCCGGUGGGUCGAAGAGGAUGAAGAAUGGGAAGUGACACUGUCUCAUCUUGUUCCCGGAACGGGUGAUCUCUCGAGUUAUGAUCGUGAACAGCUUGCCAUUCAGAAAGGCCCGCAUAUGGUGUAUACCAAAGUGGAAAUUGUGCGAGCCAAGAUUGUGGUCAGCGGGGUCGGAGGCUUGGUUGAGCCCAAAACUUGGCCAAAAGACAUCCCUGGCAUUGAUGACUUUCAGGGCGAGAUCAUGCACACGGCUCGUUGGAACAAUGACAUUGACUUGCAGGACAAAGAUGUCAUCAUCGUAGGCUCAGGUUGCAGUGCUGCCCAGGUGGUCCCUGAGCUAGCCAAACCAGAGGCUAACGUUCGCUCCAUCACGCAGCUGAUGCGCACUCCGCCGUGGGUUCAACCAGACUUGCUACCACCUCACUUGCUGGUGCUAUGGGAGAAGUGGACGCCGAGUUUGAUGGCGCACAUACCUGGACUAGCACGAUUCCUACGCAACGCCCUAUUCUGCAUGCUUGAAAAGAACUUCUUUGCCAUGUUCACGGAUGGCGCAUAUGGUCGUCGACAACGGCCACGGCUUGAGAAGGCCUUUUUGGAGCAUAUGCGUGUGAUGGCGCCUAAGGAAUACCACGAGAUACUUACCCCUAACUACAGCCUCGGUUGCAAGCGGCGAAUCAUCGACGGUACCUGGUACCGCAGCUUGAACUCACCCAAAGUCAAGCUCACCACUCAGCCAUUGACUCAAGUAAAUACUAGGAGUGUGACGCUGGGCCCGGGCUCGCAUUACCCUCCCAACCAGAAGGAAGGCUCUGACAAAAUUAGAGAGGUCCCAGCGGAUGUAAUCAUAUUGGGCAAUGGAUUUGAAACUAACCAAUGGCUCCACCCACUCAAAGUUAUUGGAAAGGGUAACAAGAAUAUGGAGGAACUCUGGACUGAGCGUGGAGGUGCUCAGGCCUACUUGGGUAUCGCAGUGGAUCAAUUCCCGAACUUCUUCAUGCUCUUCGGACCGAACACUGCCACUGGCCAUACCAGCGUUAUAUUCGCCACUGAAAAUGCAGUCAACUACUCGCUGAAAUUUAUCAAGCCCAUUUUGGAGGGCCAAGUCAGCUCGUACGAGAUCAAAGAGGAGGCGGAGCGGGCUUGGACCAAGCAAGUGCAGGACCAACUGCAAAAGACUGUCUUCCGACGUGGGGUGUGCUCCAGCUGGUACAUCACCGCGGAUGGUUGGAACUCUUCGACUUACCCAUUCUCUCAGAUUGAUUAUUGGCUGCGGUGCUCAUUCCCGGUCUGGCGUCACUGGACUGCAAAGCGAACUCGUAAAGGUGUUAUUUUGCAGCGGAUAUACAAGGCUAUACUGCUUUCUGUGCUUGCUAGUGUUGUGACCGGGUUCGUUUGGCUUCGAAAGAGCCCACAGCACCGAAGCCAGAUUCUGAAUGCGCUGAAGGCUGGCAAAGAAUGGAUUCUGUCGAAAGCAUAA